GUUCAAUCAAGGUUGAAGUUCUCCGUCUAUGGAGAGACAUCUGCGUCCUAUACUCCAUCCAUGAUGAAUCGAUUUACGAUACUGAUCCUGAGCGUUGCGAGCAUCGGUGUCGCGCAGUGUACCGCAGAUGCGGAUCCACGUAUGCUAUGCGGAAUUGUCCAACUAAUGCCUCAUCAAGCGAACGGUCCAAACGUAACUGGACAACUCACCAUCGUUCAAGAUAACUACAACAGUCCCGUAAGAAUCACUGGCAGAAUACAAGGUCUUCCUGAAGGAUUACAUGGUUUCCACGUUCACGAAAAAGGAGAUUUGAGAGAUGGUUGUACAUCGGCCGGCCCACAUUUCAAUCCCGAAAAAGUUGCUCACGGUGCGCCUGACAGUCCACUUAGACACGUUGGUGACCUAGGCAAUAUCCGAGCAGGCAGUGAUGGAAUUGUGGAUGUGGAUAUCACCGAUCAUAAGAUUGCUUUGUUUGGAAUGAACAAUAUUUUAGGACGCGCUAUCGUUGUCCAUUCCGAUGAAGACGAUUUGGGGAAAGGUCAAAGUCCACUCUCCCGGACCACUGGAAACGCGGGUUCUCGUUUGGCAUGCGGCGUUGUUGGCGUCCUUUCGGCAUAAACGUUUACACGGUGCAUCGUACUCGUACAUCUGUAUAUUUUUAUUAAAUCUUUGCAGAUAAAAUUGGUAUUUGUAGAA